AUGAGCAUGCAAAAGGAGAGUCCUCUCGUUAGACUCCACAGUUUCGACCAAGGCCAUGCAUGGCUCGCUCUGUUGCACCUUCUCAUUCACAUGUCACCGCCUGUAACUGGUCAACAGGUAACCCCAGCAAUAGAACCCGACAACAACAAAUCCGUGGUCACCAUCAUGGCCAUCAUCGCCAUAAUGUUCCUCAUCUCAGCCUUACUCUCCCUCUACUCUCGCAAAUGCUCCGACAGACAAGCCCAGACACGUGGCAUUCUCGACCGCGCCCCACCAACCGGCGCAAUCGGUAACCCGUCAUCGCAAAGCGAGUCCAACGGUCUCAACCAAGCCACCAUAGAAACCUUCCCCACAUUCCUCUACUCCGACGUGAAGGGUUUCAAAAUCGGGAAAGACACGUUGGCAUGCGCUGUGUGCUUGAACGAGUUUCAAGACGAUGAAACCCUUCGCAUGAUCCCCAAAUGUUGCCACGUCUACCACCCUGAUUGCAUCGAUGUCUGGUUAACUUCUCACUCCACUUGUCCUGUGUGUCGUGCCAACCUCGUUCCUCAACCUGAAGACAUAAACAUGAGCACGAACAUGCUACCUAUGUUGUCAAUUCAGGUACCCGAUGAACAUGAGCAUGAAGACGAAAGUGCUGAACAUGAACACGAGAGUGUUAUUAGUGAGGAACAGAAAAGAGAGCAUGCCGACGUGGAAUCACCCAAGGUGGAUUUGCUUCGGAGGAUACACACGUUGCAUCAGAGUCGUCCAUCACGGUCAAAAUCCACGGGGUUCUUAUCCACUCUCUUGUUUCCGCGAUCGAACUCAACGGGGCAAUUGGCGCAGCAAGGGGAGAACUAUGAGAGGUUUACGUUAAGGUUACCUGAGGAGGUACGAAGCCAGAUGGUGAACUCGAGGCUUAAGCGUGCGAAUAGUUAUGCAUGCUUUACGAUGAUGAGCAGUGGCACGUGGGGGUACAGGACGAGAAGCGUGGGGAGUGGACGUGGGAGAGGGUGUGUGCAGUACGAGAGGUUCAACGGUGAGGAUCAAUGGGGUUUCACUUUGACACCACCGAGCCUCAUUAAAAACAGUUCGAAUAGAUCCUCCAGAAAAUCACCGGUUCAAUGCUCUGGUUUGAUGUUGGAUAAUAAUGUUGAUGAGCGAUCCUCCGAAUUAUUGCGUCUCGGGUAG